AUGGAUAUUGAUCUAAGAGUACCAGUGCUUACAGGUGUACCAGCACCAGUAGGGGUUCCACCACCCUCAGGUCCAUCAUCAGUUGCAUUAAAUCCUUCCAAAUCUGCAUCAGUAUUACCACCUACUAUCACAACUUCUGCUCUAGAAAAAUCCAUGUCCAUUCUUUCUUCAUUAACUUCUGACAUAGCCUCAGAUGCUGCAUCUCCUCCAGUGAAAUCAAGAUUAGAUGCAGCAAAAGACAAAGAUGUAUCUUCAUCUGGUGUUAGUGGAAAUAAAAAUGAAGACAAAUCAAAACUUACUAAAUUAGGUGCCAUAAUAUUGAUUCACUUGUUAAAACCUAAAGGUUUUUAUGUAGAUCAUGGGGGUGCAGCAAAAGAGGUUUCAAAUAAGGUUGUCAGUGAUAGUGUAACUUUGAAAAAAGAUAAAAAUGUUAAAUCUGACAGUGUAAGUGUUAAUUCUGGUGAUGAUAAAAGUGAAAAGUCUGAUAGUGAGAAGACAAAACAGAGUGCUCAACAUGAGAUUGUUUCACAACUAAUGGCUGAAGUAAGUGGCAAAGCAAUAACAGACUCCAAAACUGCAAAAAAGGCAGCAGGUUCAGAAAUCCAAGAUGAAAGUCCGGAAUCAAAGUCAGAAGAGAAAGAAAAGACUGAACAAAGUACCAAACAGGUGCCAAAUGUAGCAGCACUCUUCAAAGGCCUUGCAAAUACUGAUGCCGGCAGUUCAGAUAAAGGUAAAAAGUCUGGGAUCCAGCUUCCAACAGCUUUGAUGUCCUUAUUCUCCAAAUUGCCAGGAAGUGCAGAAGAACCAGAAGAAGAAGCUCCAGCUAAGAUCCCUGGUCUUUUCACAGCUGAAUCAGAGGAGUUGGUUGAAGACACAGAUCUCAGGCAGUCUAAAACAUCUGAAGAUAAAACAAGUGUCACAGAAAGUAAAAGUAAAAAAGAGGAAAAAGACUCUGAGGAUAAGUUAUCUAAGUCAUUUUUAGGUUUUGAUUAUGAUUCUGAUUCAUCUGGUGGAAGCUUUGAAGGAUUUGAUGAUGAUGGAACUAAGAAGUUGAGUCCGAGAAAGAGAAAAUAUAUUCAGAAAAGUCCUCAUGACCAGAGUCCUUCAACAAAAACAAACUUGUUUGGAGACGUGGAUGAAAGAGGUACUCCUCCAGCAGAGGACAUUGAUUUCAGAGAACAACUUGAUGAUGAUGUUGAUCUUAGACCUGUUAUUGAUAGUCAGCAUAGUGAUAUAGAUGAGAGAAUGGCCAUACACAUGGCUGGAACAAGUGGACAGCCACUUCCACCUGGUGAAGGACCAAUGCAUCCAUUUCCUCCUCCUGGUUUAAGGUUGCCAUUUAUGUCCUCAUCACAGCCUCUUCCUCCAGGAACUGAGUCUUCACAGCCACUCCCACCAGGGAUGGAAUGGAACCAUUUAGCAUCAACAAGUGUGCCUGCUGGUAUGCAAAAUAUGCCACCUCAUACAGGGGAAUGGGCACCACCUCCUGUCCCAGAGGUAUCACAACCCCCACUUCCAGCCGAGCCACCAAAGCCCAAACCACCAGAGCCUCCUGUGAAAAAGAAAAUUAAUGAGGAAGGAAAUCGUAGAGAUGAUGACAAUUCUGACAAUGAAGGUGAAACUAAAUACCAGUCCAAAAACAGUAAAAAGAAGAAGAAGAAAAAGGAAAGGAAGAAUAAGAAAAAUGGUCAACAACUGAGUGAUGAAAGAAUCCAACAAAUUGUUCUAGAAAUUGCCAAAAAUGAGCCUAUUGAGCCUCCUCCAAUGCCACCCAUGGUUCCACAAAUGCAUGGAAUGCAAAAAUGGGGCCAAACCAAAAACCAAUUGAUUUCCCAUAAACCCCCAAGGGGGUACCCCAAAGCCAAACCCCAUGGGCACCUGACGCCCCAACUUUUAUGCCCCAAAAAAAUGGAAAUGGCCAAAAAAUUCUCGGGUAACCAAGUUGGAAAAAUGUUGCUUUCAAAAGGGCCCCGGAUUUAA